AAAUUACGAGUACAAAACACAAUGGGAUAGUGUGAAAUAGAGUGAAAGAAAGUGAAGGACAAACACACACAGAAAGAGGCAAUAGAAAGAAAAUCAUCAAUGGAGUUGGAAGUACGAGCAGUGGCGGGAGUAGAGAACUGCCAUGUCUCACUCCCACUCUCUCUCCUCCAAACCCUAGAAUCCACUCAUCCUGACCACCAUCUUCCUCACUUUCUCCCUCUUCAGCUUCGUUCUCUCUCCGUUGACCGUCUUUGGCAUGUCGCUUGGUGCGGUUCUUCCUCCUCUUCUCCUGCCAUCGAGAUAGCUCAAGAAUUUGCUGCUUGUAUUGGUUUACCGGAUGGAACAAUUGUGCAAGUUAGAGCUCUUCCUAAUGUGCCCAAGGCUAGCCUUGUCACAAUCGAACCCCUUACUGAAGAUGACUGGGAAGUUGUUGAGCUCAAUGCUCAAAGUGCCGAGGCUGCUAUCUUGAAUCAGGUACGCAUUAUCCAAGGAAACAUGACAUUUCCUUUGUGGUUGCAUGGCCAUCGAAUUGUUACCUUUACCGUGGUAUCAUUGUUGCCUGAUAGAACUGUGGUACAACUUGUGCCAGGAGCUGAAGUUGCUGUUGCACCAAAGAGGCGUAGAAAAUCUGCUGACCAGUGCGAAGACUCCAGUUUGAAAUCAUUAGAUGGAUCUAAUUCUUUCCAAAAGAUGCUUUUGCGUGUUCAAGAUCCAAAAAAUAGGUUGAUCCAUGAUAGCCAUUUAAAAGGAGGGAAUGUGGGGAUUGAGCUAACAACUAUUGUUUUAAUUCAUCCAGAAACAGCCAAAAUCUUUUUGUUUGACUCUCUUCAUGUAGUUGUCAUAUUGCCUAGACAACCUUCAAAGAUGAAAGUGGAGAAUACUGGAAAUAAUAGUCAGAGGAAGCAGCCAUCAUCAGAGGAGAGUAAAUCUCGUUACGUUAUAGUUCGUCUUGUGUUCUCUGAGUCUGUUGCUAAAGGACACAUCAUGAUUUCUCAAUCAUUGUGUCGCUAUCUGAGAGUAAGCUUUCACUCAUGGAUCUAUAUGCAAAGAUAUUCUAAUCAUCUGAAGAAAGAUGCUCCUUCAUUUUCCCUCUCCCCAAGUCAGUUUAUGCCGUACAAAAACAGCCAAGAUCCUCAACAAAAUGGUGCAGAGGUGCUUGAUGACAGUCUUGUCCAAGAAGAUAAACCUUCACUUCAUCAGUCUUUGCGUGACAUGGGUGGACUAGAUUGCACUUCACAAGAGGAGCUUAUCUCUACUCUUUUUGAUGGAUUAGCUGAUACUGCAAAUAAGGAGAGUGGUUUCCCUUUUAAUGCUAAAGAGAGAUUGAAGGGCCUCCUCUAUUCAUGGAUAGAAGCUCAGUUUCAUGGUAUUACUUCAAUGGCUGGAGUAAAGGCUACUUCAUUGGUUUUGGGUCCUACAACUUUUCUUCGCUUCAAAUUGACAACUAGCAGUUAUGUGUCUGGUGAUAAAUGGCAGUCAUCAACUGACAAUUUAACGGAUGCAAAAAUGAUGGUACAAUCAGUAAAUGAGAUCUUGUAUGUGUUAAACGCCUCUGGUGGAUCUGUGCCUGCUCAAAAGUAUAGUGCUUAUGAGCUCGCAAUGGGAGAUCAGGUCACUAGGGUAAAUGAUGUUUUGAGGAUACUUUCUGAAAAUCUGAGCAUGGACAGUUUUGUGUCUUAUGAUACUUGCAAAAACCGUGUCUUCAACCAAAACACCACUUCAACUAUCUCUUCUUUGAGUUGGAUGGGUAUUGCAGCUUCAGAUGUCAUUAAUAGGUUGACACUGCUGUUAUCUCCUACCUGUGGGACAUGGCUUAGUAAUCUCAACCUUCCAUUACCUGGUCAUGUUCUAGUGUAUGGUCCUCCUGGUUCUGGAAAAACAGUCUUAGCUUCAGCUGCUGCCAAAUCCCUGGAAGAAAACAAAGACAUCUUGGUCCAUACUGUUUUCAUACCCUGCUCAACAUUGGCUGUAGAAAAAGUCACGUCGAUCCGCCAAAUGCUGUGUGACUAUCUGUCAGAUGCCCUGGAUAAUGCACCAUCUGUCAUCAUAUUUGAUGAUCUUGAUAGCAUUAUUACAUCCUCGAGUGAUGCUGAAGGAUCUCAACCCUCUGCCUCUGUGGUUGUGCUUACGGAAUUCAUCACUGGGAUCAUGGAUGAAUAUGGGGAGAAGAGGAAGCAGUCAUGUAGCCUUGGUCCUUUAGCAUUUAUAGCUUGUGUUCGUGAGCUGGAUAACAUACCUCAGUCAUUGAGGUCCUCAGGGAGGUUCGAUUUUCACAUACAACUUCCUGCUCCUUCUGCCUCGGAACGUCUGGCUAUCUUGAGGCAUGAAAUUCAGAAACGUUCCUUACAAUGUUCAGAGGAUGUGUUACUAGAUGUAGCCUCAAAAUGUGAUGGAUAUGAUGCAUAUGAUCUGGGUAUAUUAGUUGAUAGGAGUGUUCAUGCUGCUAUUGGUCGUUUUUUACCUUCUCAAGAGGCAGUGGAUAGGGUAAACCCGAGCUUAAUUGCAGAUGACUUUGCACAAGCUAGGCAAGAUUUUCUUCCAGUUUCCAUGCGUGAUAUCACCAAGUCACCAUCUGAAGGUGGUCGUGUUGGUUGGGAAGAUAUUGGUGGUCUCAGCGAUGUUCGUGAUGCCGUCAAAGAGAUGAUUGAACUACCUUCAAAAUUUCCACAUAUAUUUGGUAAAUCUCCUUUAAGAAUGCGCUCAAACGUUCUGUUAUAUGGCCCUCCUGGCUGUGGAAAGACCCACUUUGUUGGGGCUGCUGCUGCUGCUUCUUCUCUCAGAUUUAUAUCGAUAAAAGGGCCUGAGCUGCUUAACAAAUACAUUGGUGCAUCUGAACAAGCUGUUCGAGAUGUGUUUUCUAAAGCUGCUGCUGCUGCUCCAUGCCUUCUAUUCUUUGAUGAAUUUGACUCCAUUGCCCCUAAGAGAGGACAUGAUAACACUGGAGUCACUGAUCGUGUUGUUAAUCAGUUUUUAACUGAAUUGGAUGGUGUAGAAGUCUUAACUGGUGUAUUUGUUUUUGCCGCAACAAGUAGGCCUGAUUUACUUGAUGCUGCUUUGUUACGACCUGGUCGACUGGAUCGCCUACUUUUCUGUGAUUUUCCUUCUUUGCAUGAAAGAUCAGAUAUUCUUAGAGUUCUCUCAAGGAAGCUACCUUUGGCAGAUAAUGUUGAUUUGGGCGCAAUAGCAUAUAUGACUGAAGGAUUUAGUGGUGCGGAUCUUCAAGCCCUUCUGUCAGAUGCUCAAUUAGCUGCGGUUCAGGAGCUUCUUGACAGUGGAUAUGAUGGCAAGUCAGGAGAAUCACCUAUAAUUACGGAUGAGCUGCUAAAGUCUAUUGCUUCCAAGGCUAAACCAUCAGUGUCAGAGUCUGAGAAAGAGAGACUUUAUGCCAUUUAUAACCAAUUCUUGGACGCUAAAAGAUCUGUUGGUGCACAGUCUAGGGAUGCAAAAGGCAAAAGAGUGACAUUGGCAUGAUGAAAUACUGACUUCAGUUGACUCAAAAAAAUCAUUGGAUCAAGCAAUAGCAUGCCAUACGUAAUAUGGUGAGCUGCAAGUAAUCUUCGAAUGAUUAGUUGCCAGCAUUUUUUUUCAGCUUCUAGGCUCGGGUUUUUUUUUUUUUGGGGGGGGGGGGUGUUGGUGUAAAGCUAUAAUUGUAGAUUCACUUGUAUAUUUUGUGUUAUCCUAGGCUGUUACAUAUUUCAAUUUUCAUGUGGUUGCAACAUUGUAGCUUUCGUAUAAGAUGCAAGCUUCAAAUGGACUAUAGAGAAAAUUCACAUGUGCUGUCGAUCACAAGUUACUGACCUUACUGCUACCAAAUUUGAUUCCGAGAUGGAGAAUACUGUACUAAUACGGCUUGAUGAAUCUAUAGUAGGCUGUCUGCCUAUUUAUACCAUAUGUUUUCUCACCUGUGUGUUUUUCCCUGUUGAAUAAACAUAAGCUCUCCGUAUUCAGAAAAUCCAAACAGAUUAACCGAAUUCUGACAAAACUAAUACUAGACCCUGAUUUUUGCUUUA